AUGCCUGCUCUCUCUCCCACCAUGACCGCCGGUAACGUCGGCACGUGGCAGAAGAAGCCUGGAGAUGCCAUCGCCCCCGGUGAUGUGUUGGUCGAGAUCGAGACAGACAAGGCACAGAUGGACUUUGAGUUCCAGGAGGAUGGUGUCCUAGCCAAGAUCUUGAAGCAGUCUGGCGAGAAGGAUGUUGCUGUCGGAAACCCGAUUGCCAUCGUUAUUGAGGAGGGCGGUGACAUUGCCGCGUUCGCCGACUUCACCCUGGCCGACGCUGGUGGCGAGUCUAAGCCGGCCCCGAAGGAGGAGAAGUCCGACGAGAAGUCCGAGGAGAAGGCCGCCCCCGCCCCCGUCGCUGAGACUGCCGAGCAGCCCAAGGAAUUCGAGGGUAAGCUCCAGACUGUUCUCGAGUUGGAUGGCGGCCGCAUUCGCGCCUCUCCUCUCGCCAAGGCACUCGCUCUCGAGAAGGGUAUCCCGCUCAAGAGCGUGAAGGGUACCGGUGAGGGUGGACGUAUCACCGAGGCCGAUGUCAAGAACUACAAGCCUUCCGGUGCAUCCAGCGCCGGCGCUGCCGCCGCUGCCCCCACCAGCACCGACAUCCCCCUCACGGCCAUGCGCAAGGUGAUCUCCCAGCGCCUCACCGAGUCCAAGAACACCAACCCCCACUACUACGUCCAGUCGUCGCUGUCGGUCAGCAAGCUACUCAAGCUCCGCCAGGCCCUCAACGCCUCCGCCAACGGUGAGUACAAGCUGUCAGUGAACGACUUCAUCAUCAAGGCCGUCGCCGCCGCGCUCCUCAAGGUCCCGCAGGUCAACUCGUCCUACCGCGAGAGCGAAGGCAUCAUCAAGCAGUUCUCGACCGCGGACAUUUCCGUCGCGGUCGCGACCCCCGUCGGCCUGAUGACGCCCAUCGUGACCAACGCGCAAGCCAAGGGUCUCGUCGCAAUCUCCAAGGACGUCAAGUCCCUGGCCGCCCUCGCGCGCGACGGUAAGCUCAAGCCAGAACAAUACCAGGGUGGAACCUUCACCAUCUCGAACAUGGGCAUGAACCCGGCCGUCGAGCGCUUCACUGCCAUCAUCAACCCGCCCCAGGCUGGUAUCCUUGCUGUCGGCGCUGUCAAGAAGGUCGCUGUCGAGGGUAAGGAUGGAGGCAUCGAGUGGGACAGCCAGAUUGUCUUCUCCGGAUCUUUCGAUCACCGGGCUGUCGAUGGUGCCGUCGGCGCCGAGUUCAUGGGCGCUCUCAAAAAGAUUGUCGAGAACCCAUUGGAGCUGUUGUUGUAA